AUGCCAGGCGUUCCACCAAAUGCAUUCGAGACCAUCAAGGCCAAAUUCAAGGCUUUGCUCAAGGGAAAGAAAUCCAAGAAGGCCGAAGCAAAGAAAAAUGCCGAUGCAAGCAAGACCGACGCCACCGCAGCUCCAGCUACUGGAACCACUGAUGCUGAUCCAGCUGCCGCAGCUACUGCACAAGUAAAUGCCGACGAGCCUGCAACAACUGCUGAUGCCCACGCCCCAGCUUUCGCAGACCCAGCACCAGCUGUUACCGAUCCGGCCAAGACUGGUGAGCCUCCAUCUCCAUAUAUGAUCGGAACCUUGGUUCGAGCUCAGAGUACUGAUACUGAAAUAGCAGCACCCGAAGCUCCCAAGGUCGAGGACCCAAACAAGACUGAGGCAAAUGCGCCCAUUGUCUCGGCCACGGCUCCUCAACUCUAA